AAAAGGAAUAAGAAAGAACCAAAAGAAGUAGAAAUAAGGUUAACAAUUUUUUGCAAGAUAUGUUUUCAAAAGGCUAAUUUAAUAAAAAUAUCAACUGGUUAGCCGAUAUGAAUAAGUUAGAUUUAGAAGGAACUGCUCAUUUGCUGGACGAGUUGGAUAAAAAAUUGAUGGUUUUGUUGCGGGAUGGAAGAACACUAAUUGGAUAUUUGAGAAGUGUUGAUCAGUUUGCAAAUUUGGUUCUUCACCAAACAAUAGAACGAAUACAUGUAGGCAAAGAAUAUGGAGAUAUACCGAGAGGAGUUUUCAUUGUGAGGGGGGAAAAUGUUGUAUUGCUGGGAGAAAUUGAUUCUUCUAGAGAAGUUGAGCUGCCAUUAACACAAGUAUCUGUAGAUGAUAUACUAGAUUCCCAAAGAAAGGAGCAAGAGUUGAAACAAGAGAAACAAAGAUUAAUUUCAAAGGCAUUAAAAGAGCGAGGUUUACACUUAAUGUCAGACCUGACUCAUGAUGAUAUGUUUUAAAAUAAUUAGGCUAAAUGUUUUUUUCUUAUUACAUUAAAUGCACUUCUAUAUUUGA